CCAUCACCACUCCCUCCUUACCCUCUGCUCGUUCCAGUGUCCACUGCGCCCACUGUGGCCGUCGUCUGUGGGUGAGUGGACAUGAGGCUCCUGCUGCUGCUCGGGGUGAUGACCUUCUGUGUGGGUGCGUUCACUGCUGCUGCUGACGCUAAACCUGAGGGGAAGGCACACAAACCACUGCCAGAGAAAGAUGGAGUUUUACAGCUGAAGAAAGGAAACUUCAACAGGGCGCUGAAAAAACACAAGCAGCUGCUGGUGCAUUUCUAUGCUCCUCUGUCUGGAGAUAGUCACCGUGUCUCAGCGGCGUUCGAAGGUGCUGCAGCGAAACUUCAGGGGUCAGAGGUCAAACUGGGAGUGGUGGAUGUGUCAAAGGAGAAGGAUUUGGCCAAAGACCUAAAUGUCACAGGCCCUCCGAAUAUUAGACUUUACCUUUCAGGAGACAAACACAACACUGUUCCCUGCCCUGUUCCUCAGAGCUCAGCUUCCAUUCUGACGUGGUUGAAAAGGAGGGCGGGGUCUCCUGCUGACCUUAUCACUGAUCAGCUGGAGACGUCUGAUGAGCUGCAAGUGGUUGGAUUUUUUAAGGACCUGACUCACGAAUACAUCCAGACGUUUUAUUCAGCCGCCGUCGACCUUCCUGAUGUGAGCUUCACUGUGACACAAAACAGCGAUGUCAUCAGUAAAUAUGGGUUCACACAUGAUGUUGUACUGCUACUCAAAAAGUCGAAGCUCAUCCAGGCUUACAAAAUGAUGCCUGAGACGUCUAAGGAAGAGCUGAUCGUCUUUAUCACCGUCUUCCAGAUGGACCCAGUCACUGAGUACUCUGGACAGACCGCCACUCAGAUCUUAGCCUCCCCUGUUUUACACCAUGCCCUCCUAUUUGUCAACAAAAGCUCUGCAGAUUUUACAGAGCUGUACUCGGCCUUCAACAGCGUAGCAGAAGCCUUCAGGUUAAAGAUUCUGUUUGUUCUGGUGAACGUGGAUGAACCUCGUAACGGCAGGCUGAUGGAGUACUUCAGGGUUCGAGAUUUUGAGGCGCCGCUCAUCCGGAUUGUGAACUUGACAGAUCAUGUGACCUACCACCUGCCCUCUGACAGUCUGGACAUAGAAACCAUCAGUAAAUUCUGUCAGUCUUACCUAGAAGGGAAGGCUCAGCCGAAGAUGCAAAGUGAGCCGAUCCCUGAAGGAUGGGACACGAAACCGGUGAAGCAGCUGGUGGGAAUGACACUGGAGAAAGUGGCCUUCAACCCAGACAAGACUGUGUUCGUUCUGUUCUAUCUGCCGUACAGUAAAGAGUCCCGAGCUCUGUUCCCGCUGUGGGAAGAGUUAGCGGAGGCCUUCAAGGACCAGGAGAACGUGGUCAUCGCUCGCAUGGAUGCGUCCGCUAACGACAUCAACAUGUCAGUGCAGAGAUCGUACCCGUCACUCUGCCUCUUCCCUGCUCUUCAUGCAGAGAGAAUGGUGGUUUACAAAGGGAAACAUAAACUGAAGGACCUGCUGAAGUUUAUGGAGAAAGAAAUGGAGAAAGCCAAAAAAGACAGAGUGAAGGAGGAUGAAAGCAGGAAGAAGUACAUAGACGCCAUAAAAGCUGAGGAGGCAAAAAAAGCUGAAGAGGCAAAAAAAGCGAACCAAACGAAAGAUGAGCUUUAACACAGAUGAAAGCCAGAACAGUGUGUGUGAGUGAGUGUGUGAUCGUUUUAGUCAGUACUUUCUAAACAUGGAUCUGGUUUCAUCAAGUCAACCGAGCUGUCCCUGAACAUCUGUCCAAUCAAAUACAAUAAAGUCUGUAUUCUGAACCAUGAUGUCUACAUUAACGUCCACUGGGUUGAUUUCAGUCUGUGUCUGUCUUGACAAUACACUAUAAGACCAGAUAAGUUGA